AUGGAGUCCCUAGAUGAUGAUGAAAAGGAAGGCAUUGAAUUGGCUGUUUUUAACAUGAUGGACUCCUUUCCUGAUGAUGAAUUCCUUGACUAUUUGGAAAGACCAGAGAUUGAAGCAAUCGGUGAAAGUUACAAGAUGUUCAUUCAAGAGUCAUCAGUGAAGUCCAAAACUUUUAUAUUUGGAGCAUGUACUGUACAUUAGAAUGACAGGUAUGCCCGUAUAUUGAAGGAUAAAAUGGGCAUAAAAAUACCCAAAGGGCAUCAAAUGGUGUUAACCCAACAUGUUGACAGAAAACGCUUGAUUGUAGAAAAUAUACAAUCCUGUAAUAAAAUAAAAAUUGCUCUAAUUCUAAUCAGGAUUGGCCAUAUAAACAAAGGGCCUUCACUCCAAUCAUUGAGGACGAUUUUACUCAGUUAUUUGCAGUUGCAUUUUUCCUAGAAUCAAGAGAUUAGAUUUAUUUUAACAGGUGUCUUGCUCAAGUUCAUCAGAGCAACAAGAGAAAUUAACUGGAAACUUCAUCUGGCUACGUUUAGAAGCUACGUUUAGAAGCAUUUUCAUCUGCGAUUGAGUCAACUAUGCUAGAUAUGGAACUGUCUAUUGGCUGAAGAUGAUCACGCUAGAUCACACACACCCUGGUUAGUGUUAAUCUGCAAAAAAUUUCCCCCUGUAAUAAUGCCUCGCUGAUGUGUUCAGUUUUACCGCCAAUUACAUAUUGCUAUGUAUCAAUUGGAAAUGAUUUAUUAAAGGAAUUAAUUUUUUAUGUGUUUAACAGAUAUUGUUUCUGAAUUAUCGACUAACUUCGCAGUUCAAUGUCAAAGCGAUCAUGGAUUUCCUGCCAUUUCGUGUGAUCAGACUAUCGAACAGACAAUAAACUGUGACUCAAAAACCAAGGGUGGUCUCAUCGGAUUUUCGUUAAAUCAUGCUGCAAUUCAUAGAUGGUUACUAGCCCAGUCAGAGAGAGCUGCUAUUACAAAUAAAUGCAAGGAUAUGGCCAGUGCAGAUGCUAUAAACCAAGGUUAUCAUUUUAUUCCACUUUGCCAGUGUAUAUUACCCAUGUAAUGUCUGUUCCUUAUUUGGAUCAAACAUUCAUUCAUAUUCAUUUCUCUUUUAUGUUGUUACAGAAGCCGAAAAGAUCUCGACAGGACUAAAUGCACAUGCUACGAGAAGUCUGUGAAUGAUGUAAUGUCUACAGUGUCAAACAUGAUCGACCCAUUCACAGAACAGGCAGGAUUGGUUAGUUUGGCCAGUGGAAUUGUUCUUGAUGACGCCAUUGCGGACAGGCUAUUGGAAUCUGAGACUCGUGGGGAGGAACAAUUUGUGGAAUUUGCUCGUGAGAAUUUGUUAAGUGAAAGUCCAGACGUAUUUGUUAAGCUACCGCGUAAUAUGGUAACCACAUUCUCCUUGAGUAAAUGA